AUGCUAAAAAUCAUCAUCCCAACAAUCAUACUCCUCCCCACAGCCCUAAUAUCCCCUAAAAAACUCCUGUGAGCCAACACCACCACACAUGGCCUUCUAAUCGCCACCCUCAGCCUACAUUGACUACAACCAACAUACUACCCCUAUAAAAACCUAACCCAAUGAACUAGCAUCGAUCAAAUCUCAUCCCCCCUGCUAGUCCUAUCCUGCUGACUACUCCCACUCAUAAUUAUAGCCAGCCAAAACCACCUACAACAUGAACCCUUAACACGGAAACGAGUCUUCAUUGCAACCCUCAUCACAAUCCAACCGUUCAUUCUCCUAGCUUUCUCGACCACAGAACUAAUACUAUUCUACAUUUCAUUUGAAGCAACCCUCAUCCCUACCUUAGUUCUCAUUACACGAUGAGGAAACCAACCAGAACGUCUAAGUGCAGGCAUUUACCUCCUAUUCUACACCCUUAUCAGCUCACUUCCACUGCUAAUCACCAUCCUCCACCUACACACCCAAACAGGCACUCUACAUCUAACAAUACUAAAACUAAUCCCCCCCACACUUAACAACACCUGAACAGGUACACUAUCCGGCUUAGCCCUACUAAUAGCAUUCAUGGUGAAAGCCCCCCUAUACGGACUCCACCUAUGACUACCAAAAGCCCACGUAGAAGCCCCAAUCGCAGGGUCCAUAUUACUCGCCGCCCUCCUCCUCAAACUAGGGGGAUAUGGUAUCAUACGUCUUACACUUCUAAUAGGCCCCCUCUCUAACCAAUUACAUUACCCAUUCCUAACCCUGUCCCUAUGGGGGGCACUAAUAACCAGCUCAAUCUGCCUCCGCCAAACCGACUUAAAAUCACUUAUCGCCUACUCCUCUGUAAGCCACAUAGGCCUAGUCAUCGCUGCAAGCAUAAUCCAAACCCACUGAUCAUUCUCAGGGGCAAUAAUCCUCAUGAUCUCCCAUGGCCUAACAUCCUCAAUACUAUUCUGCCUAGCUAACACAAACUAUGAGCGCACCCAUAGCCGAAUCCUACUACUAACCCGAGGCCUCCAACCUCUCCUACCACUUAUGGCAACCUGAUGGCUCCUAGCUAAUCUCACAAACAUAGCACUACCCCCCACAACAAACCUAAUAGCUGAACUAACUAUCAUAAUUGCACUAUUCAACUGAUCAACCUUCACAAUCAUCCUAACUGGAGCAGCAACACUAUUAACCGCCGCAUACACCCUAUUCAUACUACUAACAACCCAACGGGGGGCCCUCCCAACCCACAUCACAUCCAUCCAGAACUCAAACACACGAGAACACCUCCUAAUGACCUUACAUAUCCUCCCCCUACUACUCCUCAUCCUAAAGCCAGAGCUAAUCUCUGGAGCCCCCUUAU